CGGCCAUCAUCGUGAAAUGUCGCACGAAGAAAUACCGCUACCAUUGGGAUGGAUUAGAGAAUUCGAUCCAAAUCAUCAGACUUACUUUUAUGUCGACACUCAGCAAACUCCAGCUCAUGUAACUUGGGAUGAUCCUAGGCUAAACCCGCUAUACAACAAUCUCUUACCUUCACAAUCAAGCAACAGUCAGCCAUUCACGAAAGCUGAUAGCCCACCUACAAAGCAGCAAGUCUCCGAUCAAUUCGAAAUUACUAGAAACUGGUUUGAACAACUCACCGAUGACGAAGCUACUCCACAAUCUAGUAAUUGCGUAAAAGACCUAGCUGCGGGUAGUUUAGGUAUUCUAGCUUUAUCAGCAGUCGCAUUUAAGCAAUCUAAUGUCAAUAACUUACAAAAUAACCGUACACGCGGUGCUGGUUGGGGUUCAGGUUUAUCGAAUUAGCCAAUAAAUUGAUAUGGAUUUGAAUGAUUUUAUGAAUAAAUAUUGUAUUUAACGUUAUUGCGCUUGCUUUUAAGUUGUAGCUUUAGCAACAUCAUAGAUCAUGACGUCAUUUGUAUUUCAUGAUACUUUUAAUCUCUGUUGACAGUUGCGAUAGCUACUUUCCCUGAUUAGAAUGAAUUAUUAAUCAGAUACUUAUAUAUGUGUUUUUGGUAAACCAUAUGAAUCAAUGUUAAGACACUAGUGUAUCAUACUAUGAUAGGUAAUAUUAAGGUACUUGAAUGUGCAUUCCUAACAAAUAUACGAUGACUUGGACCAACUCGCAAGUUGAUGAUGUCCUUGUCCUCCUAUACUCACACGUUCUAUACGGAUCGGUGCAGUCUUCCUUCACUUAAGAGACAUAUUGGGGGUCUGACUGUUAUUCGCUGAACUUUUACACUACAUUGACACAUGUACCAUGCUAUUUC